CCGUCGGUGACGACUGCGCAACGCUUCAGACGUCGAUAUCAGCAGAUACGCAGGCGAUAAAUCACAUGCCAUGUCCAAUUGGAGCCAUGGCAGCCGGCGCAGAGGGCAUCGGGAAAAGCGACGGAGUUUGCCCGUCGCAAAAUCUUGCUCGAUAAGGAAACAACCUCCACGAAUGCCCCGCGCCUAGUCUACAGCGACCACAACGACAUGGCCGCUUUCGGCCCACUAUAUUCACUAACCGCUUGCGAUGCUAGUGAUAGAUGUAGUAAGUGACGAUAUAAAUACGCAGUGCAAUGGUCUUGGACGGUCAUCGCUGCAUCAAACCUCUCCCACUUCUAUGCUCUGCGACGAUAAACCCUGGUUACUGAACAACAUGUCGUCCAGCAAGCCCUCAUAUCUCGUCGUUGGCGCCGGCGUCUUCGGCAUUUCGACAGCUUACCACCUUAUCAAGAAGUACCCGGACCGACAAGUUACCGUUGUCGACCAGGAUGCGUGGGACGCCGAUAACCGCGUAGCAGCUUCGUGGGACUGGAACAAGGUCGUACGCGCCGACUACGACGAUGUCAUCUACUGCAGACUUGCUCUAGAGGCCCAAGAUGUUUUCAAGGAGGACCCAUUAUGGCAACCAUACUUCCACGAGACCGGUAUCUUCUGGGUUUGCCGUUCAGAUUACGCACAAGAAGUCAUCGACAACUACAAGAAGCUUGGACGCGAAGCAGACUUGCAGUCAGUUACCAUUGAGGAGGCGAAGAAGUUAUUCGGCGGCCUUUUCGAGGAUGCGAACUAUGACGGCGCAAAGAGUGUACUCGUCAACAAGACAAGCGGUUGGGCACAGGCUGGCGACGCGCUAAGAGCAGUGACCAAGUGGUCGAUCGCAAAGGGCGUCAAGUACAUCACAGAGAAGGUCAAAGACCUAGAUUUUGACAACGCAGGCCGAUGCACAGGCGUCAACACCGAGCAAGGCAGUACCAUCAAAGCCACGCACACCAUCCUGUCAACCGGCGCCUACACCGCCAAGCUCCUCGAGCAAGCCGCCCAGAAAAGCGGCAACGCCAACCUCCGUUCUGGAUCAAGAAUUGUCGCUGGUGGUAUCACAACCGGCAUGACGACUCUAGACGAGAAGUCAUACGAAAAGUUCAAGGACAUGCCCGUUGGUGUGCAGGGCUACACCGCCGCAUACGGACCCUUCAUCGGCAGCUUACCGCCUACCAAGGACCGCGAGCUCAAGUGGUGGGGCGAGAAGAUCUUCAAGAACACACAUGAAGUACUGCCUGGUCGCUUCGUUUCUGCGCCGCCAUCUGGAAAGGACUACAACCAGUGGGAUGUGCCUGGCCCGUUGAAACUGGAUAUCGAUCAUGCGAAUGAUGUGUUUUACGGGAAGAAGGGCGCGAACUGGAAGAUGGAGAAGCAUCGCAUUUGCUGGGACGCAUUCACAACUUCAUCCGACUUCAUCAUCUCGCCGCACGCUGGCGCCAAGGGUCUCUACGUCGCUACGUGCGGCUCCUUCCACGGCUACAAAUUCUUCCCUGUUCUCGGCAAGUACGUUGUACAAAUGCUGGAAGACGAGCUGGAACCAGCACUUAAGGAGAAGUGGGCGUGGGAUCGUGAGAGGCCGGCGCCUAGCCUCAACCCCGACUGGCCUAGGUUCGAGAUGACGGAUCUGCUGGAUCAGUGGCCGAAGGCUAAGUUGUAAUAUGUAUCAAGAGGAUUUGACGAAGUUAAUGAGUGGAUGUUGCAUAUUUGCAUGGCGCCUGGGCUGGCGUUUACUCUUCUUUUACAUAGCGGAUGUUGUGAAUAACAAUCCUACCUUUCCACCUUGA